CUCAGGGAAAGAGGAAGUCAAAUCCGCCUCCAAGGUCAUUCCCCAGCGCAUGUCGCCCUCUGACUUCCUGGACAAGCUCAUGGGGCGAACCUCAGGGUACGACGCUCGCAUCCGGCCCAACUUCAAAGGUCCACCGGUCAACGUGACCUGCAACAUCUUCAUCAACAGCUUCGGCUCCGUCACUGAGACCACCAUGGACUACCGAGUGAACGUCUUCCUGCGCCAGCAGUGGAAUGACCCCCGGCUGGCUUAUCGGGAGUACCCGGACGAUUCCCUGGACCUGGACCCUUCCAUGCUGGACUCCAUCUGGAAGCCGGACCUGUUCUUUGCCAACGAGAAAGGGGCCAAUUUCCAUGAGGUGACCACGGACAACAAGCUCCUGCGUAUAUUCAAGAAUGGGAACGUGCUCUACAGCAUCAGGCUGACGCUUAUCCUGUCCUGCCCGAUGGACCUCAAGAACUUCCCCAUGGACAUCCAGACAUGCGCGAUGCAGCUGGAGAGCUUUGGCUACACCAUGAAUGACCUCGUGUUCGAGUGGCUGGAAGAUGCCCCUGCCGUCCAAGUGGCCGAAGGGCUGACCCUCCCCCAGUUUAUCCUGAGGGAUGAGAAGGAUCUGGGCUACUGUACCAAGCACUACAACACAGGGAAGUUCACCUGCAUCGAGGUCAAGUUCCAUCUGGAGCGACAGAUGGGUUACUACCUGAUCCAGAUGUACAUCCCCAGCCUGCUCAUCGUCAUCUUGUCCUGGGUCUCCUUCUGGAUCAAUAUGGACGCCGCCCCCGCCCGGGUCGGGCUGGGCAUCACCACGGUGCUGACCAUGACCACCCAGAGCUCGGGCUCCCGGGCCUCCCUGCCCAAGGUGUCGUACGUGAAGGCCAUCGACAUCUGGAUGGCCGUGUGCCUGCUCUUUGUCUUCGCCGCCCUGCUGGAGUACGCGGCCGUCAACUUCGUCUCCCGCCAGCACAAGGAGUUCAUGCGCCUCCGGAGGAGACAGCGCCGUCAGCGCAUGGAAGAGGACUUGGUCCGAGAGAGCCGCUUCUACUUCCGGGGCUACGGCCUGGGCCACUGCCUGCAGGGGCGGGGCAGGGGCCCCCUGGAGGGGUCCGGCCUCUACGGCGGCCCCCUCCCACCACCCGCCCCGCACCCAAGGGAGGGUGAGAGCACGCGCAAGCGUUACGUGGACCGGGCCAAGUGGAUCGACACCGUCUCCCGGGCCGUCUUCCCUUUCACCUUCCUCAUCUUCAACGUCUUCUACUGGGUCGUCUACAAGGUGCUGCGUCUGGAGGAUGGCCGUCGGGGGCUCUGAGUGGUGGGCGGGAGGUGCCCCGGCCCCUUCCUUGGCCCCGUUGGGAUCUGGCACCCAAAACCUGGACUCCCAGCCUCCAGAGGAUGCUUGUCCUCCCUGGCCUGCCCCUCCCUGGCCUCCACCCUCGGGCAUGGGGUCAGGUUGCUCCGAGCUUCCGGAUCCAGGGUAGUCUCUGCCCUCCUCUCCUAGGUCCCUGAUGUGGGACUACUGUAGAGACAGUCAUUCUGGGCCGCUUAAUACCACCAGACCAGCCUGGCAUGGCACUGGGGGGCCGCCGGGCCCCUCGCUCAUCGCUCCAGAAGAUGGUCUGUGCCCAGGCACAGAUGUUGCCCUUCCCGGCCCAGCUGUGGCCCGCCAUCACGAGGUCAAGUCCCCACCUGUGCUAGGGAGGGAGAGAGCCUCCAGUGAGGCUGAUCCACCACCUACUACCCAAGCCCCCGAGCUCGAGAGACCCCCAAAAGACCGGAGAGCCGCUCUCUUCCUCACCCAGGUCGAUCCUGCCCGCUAGCACUCAGGAACUUGGUUACCCGCCUCUACCUGGCUGAAGGUUCCGAGGGGGCGGCCCUUUGCUAGAAACCGUCUUGCUUGGAGCCUGACACUGGAGCCUGGCCCUGGAAUGGCAGUCAAGGCAGCUGUCUUCUGCCCCAUGAAUGCGGGCUCUGACCUCCUGAGCCUCACCCAGCACAGCCCUAACCCUUCCAGGGAUGGAACGACAGUCCUGCAGUUUCGGCGCCCAGCUCAGGCUCUGGCAGCAGGGCGCCGAGGACCAGGGGUGGCACAAGGAAAGAUGCGCCAAGCUGCCCGUUCAUCCUGCAGAGGAUCAGAGGACAGAUGGUCGUCACUAAAUCCGGCGCCUAUCCCAGUUUCGUUGAGAUAAUCAGUCCUUUGGGCUCCCUUUCAGCAAGCCCGGUGUUCCAAUUCAGAAUCAAUAAAGAGGCUGCCUGGGUUGAUGUGGGACCUACAACUAAGCCAAGGGUCUGCCUGCUCUCACUCUGCCUCUCUCCCGCUACCCCAUGCCCCCCAGCCCCUGUCUGAUUCCGUUAUAAGCCUCUGGGCUGCCAGUGGUGCCCCAGGACCAGUGAGACUGACCCACCCAGAAGCUGGGGGGCAGGAACCCAAGAAGAGCCCCCGUGAGGAUUCAGGCCAGCACAAAGCUCUGCCGGAGUGGGGAAGGGGCUGAGCUGGGGAGGGAAAGGGGCUGACUUGUUUCCCCGGGAUCGAAGAAAAGGCCCAGAGACUGUCCCUUUAACACGGCCUCCCGAGGAUGGGGUGGCAGGAGCCAGAGUCCGUGUGCGUAACGGACCGGGGCACGGACCGAGGCGCAGCAGGGAGGGAGGCGAGGGAGAGGACAGCGCCCUGCUUGUCAGCGCUCUUGUCCAGCUGGGUCGAAUCGCACAAAUCAGCCCUGUUGAAGGUCUUACGAGAACAAUGCCCCUGGAGAGCCACGGAGCAGGCCCGAACCGCAGCGGACGGGGGAAUCGUCUGGGCCGGGACACAGAAGGAGCCAACUGGUGAUCCCGCAGGAGGGUCUGGGCUGGGGGGUCCCAGCAACUGGAAUCCUUACCCACUCCCCAAAACUCUCCAGCCUGAGGGCAGAGGAUGUAACAAAGGACAAAUAAAGUUCCGACUUGUU